UUCAUAGCCCUUCGGUCACUUCCGGGUGUUCUUGCACUUUGAUCAAUUGGCCAUCCUACCCAAUUCCAACGAAAUGAGCCGGCCAUUUGUGACUUCAGAGAUCAAGCGAAAACCAAUUCUGCUUCUUGAAAAGUCAGUGACUCCGACUCCGACCACCACCAUUUAAAAUCCCAACCCCAAUCCCCCUCUCUGUGUGUUUCAAUCAAGCUUCUGGUGCCAUGGAUGAUCAUCUAGCAUCUGCAACUCCAACCACGCUUGACUACUAUCAUUAUAUGUCCAAGCUUCAAUCCGAUGCUACCCUGCUCUCUUCCUUUCUGGGUGACGAUGGCAGACAUGCGUUGAUAUUGGAUUCCACCAUUUUUCAUCCCCAAGGUGGUGGCCAGCCAUCCGACACUGGUUUCAUAACCGAUGUCUCCUCUUCUAGCUUCAAAUUCAUCGUUCAAGACGUUCGAUCCAAGAAUGGCAUUGUUUAUCAUUAUGGGGUUUUUGAGAAGACUGCUGAGGAUCUUGAGAGAGGCGUUCAGGUUCUGCUAUCUGUUAAUGAGUCAAGACGCAAACUUAAUUCUAGGUUACACUCAGCUGGACAUUUAUUGGAUGUAUGUAUGAAACAGGUGGGAUUACGCCAUUUGGAGCCAGGAAAAGGCUAUCAUUUUCCUGAUGGGCCAUAUGUUGAAUAUAAAGGAACUGUUCCUCAGUCUGAAUUGCAAAGUAAGCAGAAGGAGUUAGAGUUUGAAGCAAAUAAUUUGAUAUCAAGGGGAGGUAAGGUUUCUGUUGCCCUCUAUCCGUAUGAAGAAGCUGCUAUGUUAUGUGGUGGUGCCCUUCCUGAUUACAUUCCCAAGGGAAGCACUCCUCGUAUUGUGAAAUUAGGUGAUUUCCCAGGAUGCCCUUGUGGUGGGACACAUGUUUCCAACAUUUCAGAACUCGAAAACAUGAAGGUGACUCAAAUGAGGACAAAGAAGGGACUUACAAAAGUAUAUUACAACAUUGCCUGUUGAAUCCAUAAUUACUCUUUGAGAUUUUGGAAUGUAUCGUAUAUUCAUUGAAACCACCAUAUCCAACAUUGAUUAUGAUUUGUUACAAGUUAUAUAAGUUGUUUUUAUUUGAUAA